AAGGCUGUAGAUAAAGUGUAUCUGCAGGACAGCUUCAGUUCUGCUACGUCAGGUGCAUGUUCACCAUUUUGGUCUUGCAAAACAAAUAAAAUGUGUAACCGAUACGGAUCUUGCGCAUCUCCCCCCCCCACCUACCACGUGACUUCAACUUCUGCUAUGAGAAAGCAGCUACGAGAUAGUAGCUGCAGGCUGUAGUCAUACCCGUCUCUCCAUCUCACACUUUGCAUUCGACUGAUGAACGCUAGACCUUGAAGAUCAUUUGACAGAUCUCGUCUGUGAACUUCAGUAACCCAUCAGAUAGCCAAGACUACAUUCCUCAUUCGUCAAGACACACCCCUCGCGUUUUCGCAACGCGAUUGGUGGUGCAGCAAGCCGUCAUUUGACUGCGUUGAUGCGACUUAGAACAGUCGGCCUGAAAAAAGGAAAGGUUAUGUGGUGUUGUGGUGGUUCUAGCAAUGGCAGAAGCAUGGGUCUUUCCAAUGUGUGUGCUGUGUCUUUGUGGAUUUUUCACAAACAUGAGACCUUCAGAGCCCUUCAUCACAGCAUACCUUGUGGGACCUGAUAAAAACUUUACACAAAAAGAGGUGUUUAAUGAAAUCUUCCCAGUAUGGACGUACUCAUACCUCGCUCUGCUGCUUCCAGUUUUCCUGGCUACAGACUUCCUUCGCUACAAACCUGUCAUCAUCCUGCAGGGGGCGAGUCUCAUUAUUACUUACCUGAUGCUGAUGUAUGCACAGGGACUAAUGGCAACACAGUUUAUGGAGUUCUUUUAUGGGGUCUCCACAGCCACAGAGAUUGCUUACUACUCCUACAUCUACAGUGUGGUGGAUUCUGCCCAGUACCAGAGGGGGACUAGUUACUGUCGUAGCAUCACGCUGGUAGGGUACACUGUAGGCUCGGUCACAGGACAGGUCCUGGUGUCACUGGCACAGAUGCCCUUGUUCUACCUGAACGCCAUCACUUUGACAUCUGCAACGUUAGCCUUUGUCACCUCAUGGUUUCUGCCAAUGCCAAAUAAGAGCCUCUUUUUCCAUCAAGCACUUGGAUGUGUGGACAAAAAGGAACUGACAGUCAAGGCUGCAAAAUUGCCUCCCAGAGUACUAUCUAUGGCUUCAUUGGAAGAUCCAGAGUCUAAGGUUCCACUGAAUGCUGAGGAUAGCCCUCCUGCUGCUCAAUGUGUGAACGAGAGGCAGGUUGGCAGUGGUGGUGGUUUUUUGGAAGUGCUCAGGAUGCUGUGGCUGGACUUGCUGCAGUGCUACUCGUUCUGGCCUCUGCUCUGCUGGUCGGCAUGGUGGGCUCUGGCCACCUGCGGAUACUUCCAGGUGAUCAAUUAUGCCCAGGCACUGUGGGAGGAGGUCCUGCCAUCCCAGGACUCGGACAUCUACAAUGGCUGUGUGGAGGCCAUCUCAACUUUACUAGGUGCUGUCGCAGCUUUUGGUGUGGGCUAUGUGAAGAUAUCCUGGGAAGACUGGGGGGAGCUGGUGCUCUGCAGUUUCUCAGUUGUCAUUGCUGUAGCUGUGUACAUUAUGGAUACUGUCAGAAACAUUUGGGUGUGCUAUGUGUCGUAUGUUGUUUUCAGAAGCACAUACAUGUUGCUAAUAACUAUUGCAACGUAUCAGAUAGGGGCUAACCUGAGCAUGGAGAGGUACGCACUGGUGUUUGGUGUAAACACUUUUGCUGCUGUCGCCUUACAAACUUUAAUCACUGUCAUUGUGGUCGACUCCAGUGGACUUGGACUGGACAUUUUUACUCAGUUUCUUAUUUAUGCCAUCUACUUUGCCAUGAUUGCAGCUGUUUUCCUUGCAGCUGGACUUUACAAAUUUGUGGUAAGGUGGAGAAGGAGCCAUACGCCUCAGACUGUUGGUGGAAUAACUAAGUCUGAGUUUUCAGCGAACCAAGUGUCUCCGAAUGACUGCAGCUACCAUCAGUAAACACAUCUUGAAGCCUUCACAAUGCUAGACUACUACUUUGAUGUAUAUUUGGAAACUUGCUAAGAUAAUGUUACACUAUGAGUGUUUUUUUGUUUUUCUAAGUGAGGGGAGAAGUUGGUCUCUUUACAAAAUAAAGAUACAAAAUACUUUUCUGGGACAUCCAUAUUUUUGCACUCUGUUACAAUCUUUUCAGAAUUAUAAACCAAUCAAAAAUACAGGAGAUACAGCCAUCCUUGAAAGUUUGAUAGCUGUAUUUCCCAUUGUAUCAAAGUAAUAGAGACCCCCUUCACUGCAGUGCAUGCUAAAACCAGCAGUGCUGCUAACUUGUUUUAUGCUGCCUAUUUAUUUAUUUAUUUAUUUAUUUAUUUAUUUCGACUCUAAUGUAGUGUCAGACAGUACACCAACAUGGAUAGGGAUACAUAUUAAUCGGCACCACCAUGCAUUUUGGUAUGGUAACUAUCUGUGGAUGGAAAGUGUUUGCAACACAUGUAUAAUCUAAAGCUGUUACAGAGGUGACAUUACAAAAAGAACUGUAGCCGAUCAUGUGUAAAGAGGUAGGAGUGUCAUCAGAGAACCUACAAUCCUGGACAUAUAGUCAGUCUGCAGUUCUGGUCUAUUCCAGCAGAUGAUUUGCAGUGCAAAAAAAAAAAAAAAUAAUAAU